AUGGUUAACCACACAGCCACAGACAACUUUCCGCCCUUAAGCGCCGCCGCUUCCUCCACGCGUCACUCCCGCCACGCCGCCUCCUCUUCCUCGUCUUCGUCUGCUCAAGCGGAUCGAGAACCGCGAGGGAGUCACAAGCGGUCGUGGGGGGAGGCUAUGCGAUGGUCGGUUGCCUCUCUUGAACGGGAGAGAGAAAGCGUUUUUCGCGGGGAUAUCCCGGGGCUUGGCGUGGUGGUGCCGGGCCAGCAGAUUGUUGUGGAAGAAGGAUGCAUGCGCGGACAUGGAACAUACGAAAAAGGGGGAAAAAUAUAUGCCGCUGUGUGCGGCAUCCUCGAAAAGGUGAAUAAACUGGUGUACAUCCGGCCCCUGCGGUCCCGGUAUCAGGGCAGCGUCGGCGACGUGGUUGUGGGGCGCGUCACAGACAUUCUGAACGGCAAGUGGCUGGUGGACGUGAACGCGGGACAGGCAGCAAAUUUGGCUCUCGCCGCGAUUUCCCUUCCCGAGCAGCGACGGCGACUCGACGAGGACAUGCUGGAAAUGCAAAACUUCUUCGUUGUCGGAGACGUCAUUUGCUGCGAGGUUCAACGCGUGCGAGCGGACGGGCAAAUUCUUCUACACACGCGAAGCGCACGCUACGGGCGACUGCUGAACGGCAUUUUCCUCGCAGUCGCGCCGCAACAGAUCCAGCGACAGAGACACCACAUUGUGCAGCUUUCGUGUGGAGUCCAAGUUGUUCUCGGCCUCAACGGGUAUAUUUGGAUCUCCUUGCCGCUGAAGACGUCGGCCAAAGACACACUGAACUAUGCGCAUGUGCAGACGACGCAGGAGAAGGUGUCGAAGGAGACGCGCCUGGCGAUCAGUCGCGUGCGCAACAUCGUCCUUUGUUUGGCGAAGAGCAAUUUCGACAUUUCCACGCAGGCCCUUGAACGCAUGUACGACAUUUCCGUCUCGAGGGGCUGGGAGGCCAAGGAUUUGGCGGACCCCGUCGUCAUGCAGGAACUCGUCGAGGCGUUUCUUGCGGCGCGCCUGGGCGAAGACGUCUAA